GUUUGGACUCGAUUCUACUGUCGGAAAGCCAGUCAGCCGUUGUGCUUUGCUGGUUGCACCCAUGCAUUCCUCGCUCGAGCACAUUGAUGCUUGUCUCCCUAUAACUGCGUUAAAAGCGUUUGAUCUGGGAGACGACAGCUUCGUGAUCGAGGGCCAAGGGCCAUAUGUGCGGCUUUUUGAUGAGCGCACUGGAAAGCUGCUGGGCAGUUUAGAAGUCUUCAAAAGAAGUAACAUCCAUGGAUUUAUCGUUCUCGGCCACGAGCAGCGGGGCAAAGAUGCAUCUACUCGGUUUCUUAUCUGGGGAGGCGAAUCUCUGCGGGUGAUUGACCUCUCGGUUACACAUGAUGCCGCCUCCGGUGAACCUGAAGUUUCUCUUCGGACAAUAUGUGCGGAGUAUGUGGCUCCAGAUUGGAUCAUGGCCGGUUGUGUGCCUGAAGCGGACACUGCAGAAGUAAGAGCUUACAUGGUCACUGCUCACAAUGCUGUUCUUCGUCUGCUCCUGAUGGAUGGGGGCUCUUCGGAAUAUGAGAAAAGCAUCCAUCUGGACUAUCUAGUGGCUGGAGUUAAGACUCUUCUCUAUUCCGCUGACACUGUUUCGUUCUCAUCCUCUCAUAUAUUGAUCGCCGCCGGGACAGUCUUUGGCGAGAUCAUUGUUUGGUCCUGCUUUUUGGAAGAGGACCAGAGCUCUACCUCUAGCGCCGUCGCCUCGAUCCACCAUUUUUUCACCGGACACGAGGGGUCCAUUUUUGGAGUUAGGAUUUCUCAUGGAAUCACAUCCUUGCCUGGUCGCUCCACCGGAAGAUUUCUGGCUAGUUGUAGUGACGAUAGGACCAUCAAGAUUUGGGACAUUUCCGAUUGCCAAAAGUCGUCUCGCCACGAUCCUUCGGCUUAUUCAACCGAUGGUUUCGACCUGCGAAGCACCGGUUUUGGCGACAGUGCACUUGGUACCGAGUCUUGCAUCGCGAGCGCUUUCGGCCAUCAGGCGCGGAUCUGGAAUGUGUCUUUCCUGCCUACACAAGCGGGAGAGGAGUGUAAAUUGAACCUGGUGUCGCGCGGUGAAGACGCAACUUGUUUUGUGUGGGAUCUCAGCUGGGAUCCUUCUUCCGAGAAAUCGGAGUUCAAGCUAAGCGAAAUUUCCUUCGUGCGCCAACACUGCCAGAAACACAUUUGGGCCUCGGAUAUCCGUAGGGCUGGCACAGAAACGAUGGUCUAUACUGGUGGCGCCGACGGUGCGCUGAAAGUCUUCAAAUUAGAAGUUGGCGAGAAUGGGGCCCUUGUGCUUCCGAAUCGGAAUCGGCGCAUUAACUACGUUGUUGAUUCUCAUGACGCUGAGCCCAAGCUGGAGAAAACCAUGAAAAAGUUUGGAUUUGUCUCCCCGGACUGCUUUGUCGCAACCACUACCCAAGGAGAGGUUCAAAUUUGUCGGGUCGAAUCUCCAGCAUCAGCUGAACGCUACAUCUCUAGGGAAACGAUAUCGGUGGAAGAAGACCUCCGUUCAUACUGUGCGAUUGCCGGUCUACCGCAGUAUGGAUUGGCACUUUUGGGGAAUGCUAGAGGAUCCAUACGGUUAUACGACCACAACACCAAAUCACUAUCCAGAGUGGCAGAAACGAACCAAAUGCCGCAGGGAUUCUUUGCCCUUGAUUAUGAUCGCAGCACAACUGAGUCUGGGACUCUCUACUUUCUGACAUCCCAUGCGAGAUUUGACAAGGCCGAAUUAUUCAUGGUCACAGUUUCCGAGAAUGAAGAACCGCAGAUGAAAAACAUCACAGUGUCUCUUCCCAAACGCUUUAUCGUGGGGGAUGCAUCCUUGAUUUGUGGCAAUCGGUACCUGGCACUCGGAUCCCAAGGUGGCUCGCUUGCCAUAUACCAGCUGGAAUCGACAGAGUCGGUCUUGCAGCCUGUUUUAAACGAGUACAUCCACCCGGAAGGCAUCAAUAAAGUUGAAUCUUUCUAUUCCCUCUUCGGCGAGGCCGGAAGGUCGCAGAAUUUUUUCUUCACUUGUGGCCGAGAUGGAUUUUAUGGCAUCCAUACGCUAGAUGAGAAGAAACAGGAAUCGCAAGGACAGUCGGUCUCUCUUCUAACAUUUCAUCGUUCAACUCCGCUUCCCAGAUAUAACAUCGCGGGUGCCUAUGUUGACAAGGUGUCUGGCGAUCUCAUGUUGCACGGGUUUUCGGGCACGGAUUUCAUAUUAUGGAAUGAGUCUACUCACUCCGAGUCCGCCAGAAUGACCUGUGGUGGUAGUCAUCGAAUCUGGGCCUUCCAACCCAGCUAUACGAGCCCUGGUUCGGGCCUGUUAGUAUGGCUACAAAACCACCUCACUGCGUUCCAGAUUCAGGGCGAUGCCAACUGGGUUUUGCGCGCGGGCAGCCACGGACGAGAAAUCAAAACCAUGUGUGUAUCGCCUCCCAAUGAUGAACGAGGGACGCUGUAUGCCACUGGAGCCGAGGACACCGCAUUGCGUAUAUUCGCGCCGAUUGAGCCGGAGAAGGAGAGCCGAUGGGGUGCGUUCAAAUGCCUGCGGGUUCUCACGCAGCAUCAAACUGGAUUUCAGCACGUGGCCUGGUCAAAAGACGGGAAGUUCCUCUUCACGGGGGCCGCUAAUGAGGAAUUCUUCGUGUGGAGGAUUCGCUCGAUUCCUCUAUUUGGGUUAGUGGCCAAUCUCGUGGCCUCGAGUCCCAAGAGUCACCCCAGCUCCGAUCUUCGCGUGACUAGCUUCGACAUGAUCGAGAUCGAGGGCGCAGCAGAGGGUGACUUCUUACUCUGCUUGUCUUACUCGAACUCUACCCUCAGGAUCUUCCGCUACACCUCCUCAGCUAGUGAGAACAGCUUUACGCUCUUGGCCAAGGGCACAUAUACCAGCAAUUGCUUGACAGAGGCACAAUUCAUCCUCCGCGACUCGUCGCUGGUGAUGCUGACGGCGUCCACGGAUGGAUACCUCACCCUCUGGAACCUGACGUCCGUGAUCGACCCAUUCUUCGCCAUCUCAGCGGACUCCUCGACCUUGCGUGUCAAACAGCCCAUCGACGCGGCAACGAUAACGCCUGAGGAAAUUACCUGCGAAAACAGAUACCAGAUCCAUUCCAACAGUAUCAAGGCCGUCGAGAUCGUGCACAUAUCCGAUGCGGCAUCGUUGAUCAUUGCCGGCAGCGACGACAACGCCUUGACGCUCUCGCUCCUGAACACGAAUUUCACGCAUGCCGAGGCCAGCGACCACGCGUACACUGUGUCCAUCCCCGAUGCGCAUACGGCAUGCGUCACAACGAUCAAAGUACUCGACCAGCAGCUGUCUUCCGAUGGCAAGAUUACUCACAUCACUGCUGCCUCGUCCGGAAACGACCACCGGGUCAAGAUCUGGAAGAUCGAGGUGGAUGCGGCGAAGGAGGGAUUCGAGGCGAUCCAGGUGCAGAAUGUGAUCGACAGGUACAGCACCGUGGCGGACAUCUCGACGGUGGACAUGAUCCGGGAAACGACGGGCGAUACGAAGCUACUUGUCUGCGGAGUUGGGAUGGAGAUGAUGGGCGUUCAACUGCAUUAGCGAUAUUAGAAUCUCGG